GAAAGACUAACAUUAGUCACAGAAUUUAGUCUCAUAUUUCAGUAAAAUGUUCAGCAUGUGUGUCGUUCUGCUCGUCUUUUCCAACAUCUCUACAGCUGUUGUUGUUGCUCAUACUCCAAUUUUUGGACACAGAGGAGAACGGCUUGACAUCAGAUGCAGCUACGAAUCUGGAUACGAAUCAAAUUCAAAGUAUUUUUGUAAAGGAGAGUGUAUCUUUGGAUUUAAAGACAUCAUUGUUAAAUCAGGAUCUCCAGCUGAAGACGAGAGAUUCUCUCUGACUGAUGACACGACGGCCAGAGUUUUCACCGUCAGCAUCACUGACCUGAGAACAGAGGAUGAGGGACGAUACUGGUGUGGAGUGGAGAGGACUUUAGCUGAUGUCUAUUCAGAGAUUAUGUUGCAGGUUAAAGAGGAUAAGGAGACUGCAGAGGUUUCAACUAUCAGCUCUUUUUCAAACACAGCGUCAUAUUUCAGCACAACAGAGAUAUAUUCACGAUCCAGCAGCAUCACAAUCACAGACAGAAAAGAAACAAUCACAGAUCAGCACACAUCAGCAGGUCUGUCUUCUGUUGCUGGCGGUCUGGGUUCGGUUCUGCUGAUUCUGGUUCUGUGUUCUGCAAUGUUCCUCAUCCUCAAAAAGAGAAAGAGGAAAUCUAGGACAGCUUUAUUUCAGCAAAAUGUACAGCACAACACAGAGAGUGUCCACAUGUAUGAGAUUGUAAACAGUGACCCUGGACCAUCUGAUGUCAUCACUGCAGCAUCUUCAACCAAUCAGACGCCUGCAUCACACCUCAACACCCGCCCACAUGACUCUGCUGUUUAUGCCACAGUAACCAAUCAGCAGCCUGAUUCAAACCCCAGUCACAUCCACUCGACCAAUCAGGUGACGGAUACAGACUGUGAUUAUUAUGCUAAUAUGAAGCCGCCUGAUCCAACACCAGACAACAGAACAGAUCUGAUCUACUCAACAGUGACACGUUCACAAAACAUCAAGACCAACGACGGCCCGAUAUACUCACUGAUCAAACAUAAAUAAUAAAAAAAGAAUUCCAAAGCUUCUUCAUCAACAUCUGCACUGAUGCUCAAAGUGAAAAAAAAAAAAAAUGGUGCAUGCUACAUAUUUUUUAUGAAUCAAUAUGUUGAUAGAUGUUUCUGUGUUUUUAUCAGUAUUUUCAAAAUGGUGUAGUUUAACUAACAAGAAAAGUGAACUUAAGAUUAUUUUUUAAAUGUUCUAGCCACUGUUCUCAGGUGUAUUGUUCAGGUCUGUAUUAAGCUCUGUUCACUUGUGCUCAGAUCAAUAAAAACAUCUUAACAGCGA